GGCACUACCAGCAUCCUCAGCACGCCGCCAUGGGACCACAUAAGCACGACCAUUGGUUCUUCUCUUGCCACGGCGUCCCUGGAAUGAAACUCUUAGAUGCCCGUAUCGGGCGGUUCGAAGGUCUCGACGGACGAGACGAUGAGCUAUGCCCCGCCAGCUACGUCAAGGUCACUUGUGUCAUUGCCAUACGCGGACAUAGGAUAUUCCGUCGGGUCAAAAACGUGCAGCGCGUACGUGGUGGUGUGCCGACGCCUGUCCCGCGGCAUAAAGUAGUUCGCUGCAUUGCAGACGCGAUGUUCGCGUUUCUGAACCAGGCACAGCCUACUGACGACCACGACUGGACCUUCACGUUCGGCCCUGGGUGCAUCGAGAUGGAACACCUAUACCUCUUCGAAGUGCGUCGAUACAACAAGACUCUGAUCCCCGUCUUCGGCUACAGGUCACCCAAUGCUGGCCCCGCAGUUAUGCCCGAGAUCAAUGCUUGGAUCAACAACCCUCCCGCCGUGGUCUAAGACACCAAUGACGGUGGUUUCUAACUACACCAGGUCUGAAGCUUUUCAUGGUAUCAUAUACCAAUAUCUUGUUGUUCAUUUACAAUCGUUUGUUAUAAUUAGUGGUGUCGUGUACAAAUACCAUGCCUUAGUAGUAAAGCGGAGAGCUUAGUACUAAUAUUAGUUGGGUGUGGG